AGAUUUCGGAAGUAUUCGCAGAACAAUUAUUAUUUUCACGCAACUACGGCAGGACUCCUUUGAUCUCUCUCUCGCUCUCUCUCUCUCUCUCUCUCCUCUCUCUCUCUCUCUCUCUCUCUCUCUUCCGGGCGCAGCUUCGGCAGAUUGGCUUCGAUUCAGCUCCUCCCCUACGUGGUAGCACACUUGAUCAGCUCCUGGAACGUGAACAGUUUGGCUGAAAAGCACUUUUCUAAAAAAUCCCAGGCAACAACAGGCUACGCUACCGAUCUCUGUACUUAAGAGGAGUUGCUUAGUUCCUCAAUCGUUAAAAAAGGUUUUCGGAUAACAUUCCUCAAUCUCUACCACAACGAUGGAUACUGGGGUUGGCUUGCACUUAGCUCUAUGUACCUGGCUUCUGAUCUCCGCUCAAAUUCAGAUAAUUGUCGAGGCUGAGAUAACUUGCGCAUCGUGCGGUUCGCCCGUUAAAAUAAACCGGGAGGAAUUACAACUGGACAAGCGCGUGGACUUAGUGGAGAGGCGAGCGACACUUCUAAAAGAUAUCCGCAAGGAAUCUCAGCGACCCACAGACCUUAGCUCUGAGACAGGAGUUGCUGUCGGAGCAGAGGAUUUUGCCGAGGAUAUGAAGGAAUCGGAUAAGGAUGUAAGCAUGGAUGGAGUUGACAUGAACGUAUCCCCCGAUAGUUCACCUCAGGUCAGUGAAAAAGUAGCACGAUCCAAUUACGAAACGAUCACGGAGGGGAACAAAUUAAGCGAGAUUGAUUCUAAGGAUACGAUUCAAAGGCAAAAGCGGAGUGGACCAGAACUAUCCGAGUUGAACGAAGGGGUGAAAAGCGGUAGCGCCCUUCGCGACGGAGCGCCGUCGGAUGACAGAAUCACAGGUUCGUUGCUGGACGGAGAGAGACUAAGCAGGCCCGAAUUGAGGUGGAACAGGGAUGAUGGAAAAGUGCAGAAUCCGAGACAAGACGAGCCGAAACUGAUCAGCACCACUUUCGCCUUGACGGGAGAUUCCGCUCACAAUCAGGCAAUGGUGUUCUGGUCUGGCCACAACAGCAGUGUGAUCUUAAUCUUGACCAAACUGUACGACUUCAACUUGGGAACGGUCACUGAAAGCUCGUUGUGGAGGUCGACGGAUUAUGGAACCACCUAUGAGAAACUGAACGACAAAGUGGGGUUAAAGAGAGUGUUGAGCUACCUGUAUGUGUGCCCAACAAACAAGAAAAAGAUAAUGGUGCUGAGCGACCCCGAGCUUGAAAGCAGCAUCUUUAUCAGCUCGGAUGAAGGCGCGAGCUAUCAGAAAUUCCGCAUGAAUUUCUACAUCCUGAGCUUGCUGUUUCAUCCGACCCACGAAGACUGGGUGUUGGCCUACAGCCACGACCAGAAGUUGUACAGCUCAGUGGAUUUUGGAAGAAAAUGGCAGUUUGUCCAUGAAAAUGUGACUCCAAACAGAUUUUACUGGUCGGUUCUGGGCCUGGACAGGGAGUCAGAUCUGGUGCACAUGGAGGUCCACACCGCUGAUGGACGUACUCAGUAUGUAAUGUGCAGAGUCCAAGGAUGUUCUGAAUCCAGCAGAAAUCACCCUUUCCCUGGGUACAUUGACUCCAACUCCCUGGUGAUUCAGGACAGCUACGUGUUCAUUCAGGUCACCACUGCAGGGCGAGCCAGCUACUACGUGUCCUAUCAGAGAGAACCGUUUAUGCGCAUUAAACUGCCUAAAUACUCCCUUCCCAAGGACAUGCACAUAAUCAGCACGGACGAGAACCAGGUGUUCGCCGCCGUCCAGGAGUGGAACCAGAACGACACGUACAACCUGUACAUCUCGGACCCGCGCGGGAUCUACUUCACCCUGGCCCUGGAGAACGUCAAAACCAGCAAGGGCCUGGAGGGAAACAUCAUGAUCGACCUGUACGAGGUAGCAGGGAUCAAAGGGAUGUUCAUAGCCAACAGGAAGCUUGAGAACCAAGUGAAGACCUUCAUCACCUACAACAAGGGCAGAGACUGGCGGCUGCUACAGGCUCCAACUGUAGACCUCGCUGGCAAUGAGAUCCAUUGCAUUCUGCCAUUCUGUUCCCUGCACCUUCAUCUUCACAUGGCUGAAAACCCGUACACUUCCGGAAGCAUCUGCAGCCGAUCCUCUGCUCCAGGAAUCAUAGUGGCCACUGGUAACAUUGGUUCGGAGCUCUCAUUCAAUAACAUUGGGAUGUAUAUAUCUUCAGACGCUGGAAAUAACUGGAGACAGAUCUUUGAGGAAGAGCACAGUAUCUGGUUUCUGGAUAAAGGAGGGGCUUUGCUUGCGGUCAAACAAGCAACCGUACCGGUUAGAAAUAUUUGGGUCAGCUUUGACGAAGGGAGGCAGUGGAGCCGGCACAGCGUCUCCUUAGUGCCCCUGUACGUCGACGGAGUCCUGGUGGAGCCCGGCAUCGACAAUCAGAUAAUGACGUUUUUUGGACACUUCAGUCAUCGUUCUGAAUGGCAGCUCAUAAAAAUAGACUACAAGUCCAUUUUCACCCGGAGAUGCACUGAGGGAGAUUAUCAGACCUGGCACCUCCAUAAUCAGGGUGAGCCCUGUGUGAUGGGAGAGAAGCAAAUCUACAUGAAGCGGAGGCCAGGAAACCGUUGCAUGCUGGGAAGAGACUACGCCCGAAUUCUAUCCGCCGAGCCUUGCAUCUGCAAGGCCUCCGAUUUUGAAUGUGAUUACGGAUAUGAACGUCGGGCGGAUGGGAACUGUUUACCAGCUUUUUGGUUUAACCCCUCCACGGUAUCCAGAAGUUGUAGCCAAGGGCAAAACUACCUCAACAGCACCGGGUACCGUAAAGUGGUCUCCAACAACUGCACAAAAGGGGUGAAGGAGCUGUACGCGGCCCGGAAACAGCAGUGCCCCACCCUGGCGCCCCGCGGCCUCCAGCUGGACACGCGGGAGGGGCGUCUGACCGCCGCCCUGGGGAGCAACGUCACCUUCCUGGUGCACCUGGAGGAGGGAGACUCCAUGAGAACCAACAUCCAGCUGGAUUUUGGAGACGGGACCGCGGUGUCCUACUCCAAUCUCAGCUGGACGGAGGACGGGAUCCGACACGUCUACCGAACGGCCGGGAUAUUCCGCGUGACGGCGCUCGCUGAGAACAGCCUCGGGUUCGACAGCACCACGCUCUUCUUACACGUCACCUGUCCGGUGGAACACGUCCACCUCCUGGCUCCUUUCGUGACCAUCAGGAAGAAGGAAGUGAACAUCUCCGCCAUCGUCUGGCCGAGCCACUCCAGGACACUGACCUAUUUCUGGUGGUUUGGCAACAGCACAGAGCCCGUAAUAACCUUGGAUGGGAGCAUCGCGCACACCUUUCAGGCCGAGGGCACGACCUCGGUUACCGUACAAGUGUCUUCUGGGGACACCAUAUUACAGGACACAAAAACAAUCGCAGUUCAAGAAUAUUUCAAAUCACUGCUUUUAUCAUUCUCCCCUAAUCUGGAUGAAUACAACCCUGACAUCCCGGAGUGGAGGCAAGAUGUCGGCAGGCUGAUUAAGAAAGCCCUGUUGCAAGUAUCUGAGUUUCCCGAGGAACAGCUUCUGGUUGCAGUGUUUCCUGGGUUACCAACCGCCGCUGAACUUUUCCUGCUGCCAAACAAGAACCAAUCAGAAGGAAAGAAAAAAACAGAGGAGGAUCUUGAUCAAAUUUCAGAGAUUCUUGUGAGUGCCCUGAACCAAAAUUUGGUUGACUUUGAACUGAAACCUGGGGAUCGAGUAAUCGUCUAUAUCACACAGUUAACGCUGGCUCCCCUGGUAGACUCCAGCCAGAGGCACAGCAGCUCGGCCAUGCUGAUGCUCCUGUCCGUGGUGUUUUUGGGCUUAGCUGUUUUUUUGAUCUACAAGUUCAAAAGAAAAAUUCCGUGGAUCAAUAUAUACGCGGAGGUGAACCACGAGAAAGAGCAGGAGAUGAUCGGCUCGGUCAGCCAGACUGAGAACACACCUAAAAUAUCACUCAGCGAGUUCCCAACUCCCAAGGAACUGUUAGAGAAGCAAAUGGAUGUCAGGGUUAAAGGAGGCGUGGGAAAUGUAUGCGAGAGCACAAGGGAGAUCCCUAACUGCACGAGUGUUUAAAAUGGAGGGGAUGUAUGUGUACAGAAGUUAUCGCCAUUUUGAAGGUUCUUUUUUUUUUUUUUUUUGUAAUUCUGAAAACACAUUCAAUGUUAAUAGUUUUUUAAGGACCUCAUUUAUACAGAUUUGCAUGGGUGUCUUGUUUUAUAAGAUUUAUGCAUUCAAGUCUAAAUCUACUUGACAAGGCAUUUUUUAAAUAUAAAUAAACCUUUCUUAGUUUUGAGAAAGUGUAAAGUAUAUGCACAUGUAGGCUGUUGAUGUAUUUUACUCUAGUCAUGACAUCAUUGUAUGGUUUUAAAGACACAUAACUGUUGUUCUGAAGUAUUUCUUUUAUACUUGACAGCAUCUCAGAUGUCUGUAAAAUAGUUUUGAUUUGACUCAUUACUUUAAUGUCAACCUUGAGUUUUCCUCAUGAAAUCAUACACAAGGUUUCUGUAAAAGGUAUAAUGUUCAGCAGAAAUGAUAAAUCUCAUUUAUCUUUAUGAGUGAUUUUAUCCUAAUACAUACAGGUGUAUUUGAAUUUUGCCUCAGCAAACCAUUCUGGAAGAGAAACACUGUUCAAAAGGAAGCCAUUCUCCCAAAUCUCACCAAGUGCAGUGGAGUGAUAUGAGGUAAAAGUUCAUCAGACUGUCCAGCUUUAAUUUAAUUUUAUUUGGUGUUUGAACUAUGUAUAGAAAAGGCUGUAAUUCCUACACAGAUCAACUAUAUGGAUGUAUAUAUCCUCAAAUUAAAGCUGACAGUCUGCACUUA